AUGCCGUUACUCGUGUCGGAUUAUUCCUGGACCCAAACAGACUCCACCGUUUACAUUAACGUGCCGCUAAAAGGAGCCAAAGCCAGGAAUGUGGACAUAGUUUGUACGGAGGAAUACCUCAAGGUGAGUUUCCCUCCGUACCUGUUUGAAUCCUUCCUGUUUGAACCUGUUGAUGAAGACAGAAGCUCAGCGAAGGUUGGAAAUGGAGUCGCUCUCAUCAGUUUACCAAAGAAGACCAACAAACACUGGCAGCAGCUGAUGAUAAACACAAACGAUAAAGAAAAGAACAAGGAGAUCAGAGAGAGGGCUCUGCUGAGAUACCAGGAGAAGCUUUCUUCAGAAUCUAGACAAAAAGCAGAGAAACAGCAAAAAGAGAAAAAAUAUGCUCUGGAGACAAUGAUGAAGCUUGAAAAGGAGGAAAGAGAGAGCAUCCAGAAGAUGAAGGACACAGAGCGAGAGAAAACCACGGCAGAGCUGGAAGCCUGGCAGCAGAAAACUGAGGAAGAUAAACUGAAUCAGAGAGGAAAUCCAAACCAACAGAGAGCCGGUAAAGAGAGGCGGGAAAUCAAACCGUCAGUCAAUCUGGACCAAAAAAAAGUCAACAGUGAAGCAAAGAGCAACAAAAAAAAAGCCGACCUGCCUCCUCCGAGAAUCAGCGGAAACAUUCAAAUCACUUUCACACCACGAGUUUUCCCAACAGCCCUCAGAGAGUCCAGAGUGGCGGAGGAGGAAGAGUGGCUGAACAAACAAGCUGAAGCCAGACGAACCGUGAACUCGGAGCUGGUGGAGGAGCUGAAGGACCUGACGGAGGAGCAGAGGAACCCCGACUGGCUGAAGGACAAAGGAGAUAAAUGUUUUGCGAGUGGCGACUACCUGGGAGCAGUGAACGCCUACAGUCUGGCCAUCAGACUCAACAGGAAGAUCCCUGCUCUGUAUUCAAACAGGGCUGCGUGUCACCUGAAGUUAAAGAACCUUCACAAGGCCAUAGAAGACGCCUCUCAGGCUCUUGAUCUGUUGACUCCACCAGUCGCAGCAAAUGCAGCCGCCAGAGCAAGAGCCAGCGUCCGCAGAGGAUCUGCUUUCUGCCAGCUGCAGCUCUACACAGAAG